UUAUAAUUUAUAGAUUUAUAUUUAAUAUUGGGUUUCGUCUUCUCCGAUUGGAAUUUGGAACCCUAAAAAUCUUCUCCUCUUCCUGCAAGCUCUUCGUUCUCAACGGAUCAAGCAUGUUCUUCCACAUAUCCAUGGAGAAGAACAUGCAGCUGCACCCUCGCCACUUCGGCCCUCACCUCCGUGACAAGCUUGUGGCCAAGCUCAUGAAGGACGUUGAAGGCACCUGCAGCGGGAGACAUGGAUUUGUGGUUGCCAUUACUGGUGUGGAUGAUAUUGGGAAAGGGUUAAUCCGUGAGGGCACGGGCUUCGUCACUUUUCCUGUCAGGUAUCAGUGCGUCGUCUUCCGGCCUUUCAAGGGUGAGAUUCUUGAGGCCGUUGUUACGAUGGUCAACAAGAUGGGGUUCUUUGCCGAGGCAGGCCCUGUUCAGAUAUUUGUUUCCAACCAUCUAAUACCAGAUGAUAUGGAAUUCCAGACUGGGGAUGUGCCAAACUAUACCACUUCAGACAGAUCAGUCAGAAUUCAAAAGGACAGUGAAGUACGUCUGAAGAUUAUAGGAACUCGUGUUGAUGCCACUGAAAUCUUCUGCAUUGGCACCAUCAAAGAUGAUUUCUUGGGUGUUAUCAAUGAUCCAGGAGCAGCUGCCUAGUUUGGCCAUUUAAAACUCCACAAAGAUCAUGCAACUGUUUUGGCAUCUGUGGUUAUGUAUUAUAAAACUAGUUGCAAUUAAGGCUUCGCACUGGCUUUUGCGCUAAAAAAUGGCAUCAGAGAACUCUAAAACAUAGCAAAAAUUCAGAUUUGGGAGAUGAAUUACAUGUUUUGAAUGCUAACUGCAUCUUUUUAUGGUUCUUCACACAAUGUCUUGCACAUCUAUUCUGUAAUUGAAGAACAUGACGUGUCUUGAGUUCUGCAGGAGAAAUUAGACAGAAAUAUGUUUAUAUGUAAGUAUUGCUAAGAAAUCAACCGAACGGUCUCUGUUGAUGCAAAGUUUUGAACUGAACAUUCCAA